UAAGCCGCGCGAUCACACACUUUAACUAGCCGGGAAGAACGUUUUACGUUUUUUCAAGGGUUAUUACCCUCAAUCAAACUUCAAAAUGGUGCGAUGUCCAGGUAUACUUCUUCAACUGCUUAUUAUAUGUCCACUUACGGCACAUGGAGGCCAGGGUGGUGCGGGGAACUCGGGGGAUGUUGAAUUCCGAGUGCGCCGGGCCACCACGGAUUUAACGGAGGCACAGCACCAGGCUUACGUGGCCAGACACAACCAGCUUCGGGCCCAAGUCUCGCCAACAGCAACCAACAUGGAACAUAUGAUUUAUGAUGCGUCUCUGGCAGCAACGGCACAGGCCUGGUCCCAGAAAUGCGACUUCCGUCACUCCAAGAACCACCCGAGCCUUUCCUUGACCCUGACCGCUACGUACGGCGAGAAUUACGGCGAGAAUCUGGGCGUGACGACCAGCGCCAGUCAGCCCGACGUGAGCGACAUUCUGCAGGCGUGGUUCGAUGAGGUCGUUGACUACAGCUACGACGACAACAGUUGCCAGGCUGGCAAGCAAUGCGGCCACUAUACGCAGGUAGUUUGGGCUGAGUCCAAUGUUGUGGGGUGUGGCGUCCAUCACUGUCCCGGGGGUGUUACUGUAACCGACUCACCCAAUCCAGAGUAUAUCUUCAACGGCCAAGCAGCUUGGAUGGUCACGUGUCACUACUCUCCAGCGGGUAAUUUGCAAGGGGCAAAACCCUACAUGUCGGGACCGAGCUGUACCCAAUGCAGCUCUGGGGUGGGUUACUGUCUGAACAACACCUGCGCAUCACAGUCUGUCUGCUCUGCCGCAGGUGGAUGCGAAUGCCGAGCGAGGUGCCUCAACUGCGGCAAUCUUAAUGAGACUGCGUGUCGCUGCGAGUGUUUAAGCGGUUGGCUGGGAGCGGAUUGCUCGGUCGAAUGCGCUGAUGCUGACAGUAACUGUAAAACGGUGGCUCUGGCUCCCCGUUUAAACUGCCCCACUUGGCGUGAGCAAUGCCCAGUCGCCUGCUCCGUGUGCACUCCUCCGACAAAUCAAGACUGUGUAGGACCUUCAACGGUCACACCUUCGAUUGGAGUACCUCCAACCGCCUCACCCUCAACAGUACAACCUUCAACAACAUCGCCACCUUGUGAACUGGUUUGUGAAAAUGGCGGAACUUUGAACUCCAAUGACUGCGCGUGCACAUGCGCGAGUGGCUACCAAGGAACCACUUGCCAGUCUAUCACGGCCCAAACACAAUUUAUCGUUCUGUUCCGCUUGCGGCACAAUAUUGCGAGUUUCAGUAGAAUAAGAACUGCACUACUGAGAAGUGUAGCUGGGGUAUUGAAUGUAUUCUGCGCCUCGAGAGACAACUACCAAAGGUGUUGCCCUAACGACGUGUUGCGUCUAACGACAGGCAGUGAGCAACUUCCCAACUUCAUCGAUGAGGGUAACGUGUUUCUAGCUGCUGGCUACCCAAAUCCAGUGACCAGUGAGGUGUAUGAAGUGGGCGUGGUCGUCUUAGGAGUGCAGUCACCCCUCUGUACGGCACUACGCAUAGGACAGCGAAAAAGGCGAAGUGCUACAGACGGAUCCCAAGAACGCAUCAGGAUCAAGCGCCAAUCAGACAACUUUUUGGAUCCAGACUUGGUGAACGACGCGAUAACUGCAUCCCUCGAUGACAUCAGGCAACAGCUCAGUGCUGUCGACAAUACCGUCGACCUGCUGUCGGUUGAACCUGCCGACCCCAACCCUACAGAAUCACCGGCGACCACCUCGACGACCACCUCGACGCCCACCUCGACGCCCACCUCCACCAAUUACAUCAUCAUCAUUGUAGUCGUAGGCGUUGUGGCACUGCUUAUCAUUUUGUCCAUUGUCGGUCUCGGUUGUUUGGUGAUGUUCAGACACGGAAUGGCACGGCAGUACAAAAUACGGCCCCGCUACAGCUACGAGGACCGACCACGCAACGUGCAUAAUCGCGCGCUCGAUUUCAACUACGACCCUACAUACAACCGGGCAGGCUACGAGUAUCCUCACACCAACCCUUACGUGCGCAAGCCCAUAAUCGACAAUGGCUACGCUCUCCCGGCCACGUACGAGCAACGACUAUGGCGCCCCCGAUCAAAUAUCCUCACUUCCAAUGAACCCCCUCGAAUGCCCGAUGACUACUUCAUAUAUUAGGCCUGCUUAGGGGAAAAUUCUUGAAUUGGUAUAAUUUGCUACUUCGUAAGAAUCUCGAUGUUGGGUUUUAAGCUAAUAGAUUGAAUCUACUAGAUUAAACGGUUGCAUAAUUCUUUCUUCACUUUUUUUCUUAUUGGAAUGUGAUUUUAUUAGUAAUAAAUUAUGUCAAAUAUAUCAAUGGUCCUCCGUAAUACAAGUACGUAUCUUAUUCGUGGUUGCAAUAAAUACUCAGCUGUAGUGGUUUUGGGAUUUGGGUUAAUGGUGGUCACAGAAUCCUUGGACCGAACUUUCUGAAGUCAGAUAUUCUGGGUUUUUUUUCUAAGAUAAAUUCUUAUGUGUACUGUUUUAAGGUAAUUAAACAAAUUGUAAUUAUAACUAAAAAUAUGUUAUUUUUUUAAGAGAUUGCUACUUUAGGAUGAUGCUGGUCUCACAUGAGACAGGGUGAGUGGAUGUCUUCUUUAAAAGAAGUGAUCGGUUAAAGGUUCCAUUUUUUGGGUACAAUUUUCAUGUUGAUCUGUUUUAAAAGAUAUGAUUUAAAUAUCCUUCACAAGGUUGCAGUAAAAGAAAGAUAUUGAAACAUUUUAACUGGGACCCAAGAUUUUGAUUCCUGUGUAACAUUCCAAUGUUGGUGAGGCGGUAGAGUUGACUUGGGCCAAGAAAAGUUUGCCCGAGCCAAACCACACUGGAGGUCUCAUCUAAGACUGCAUUUUCAGUGCGUAUUUCAACGGCAUUAUGAUCACUACUUAAAAACAGUAUUCGAGUCCAUCGUAAGUCCAUUUACAUGUCCCUUCGCAAGUCCGGCCACAAGUCCCUUCGCAAGGCCAGUCACAAGUCCCUUCGCAAGGCCAGUCACAAGU